AUGACACCUUCAACAUAUUUAUCUUUGUUACUCAUUAUUCCAACUAUCCUCAUAUCUCAUGCCAUUUCACAAACAUCAAACUCUAACCUCUAUGAAGCUAUAUGUGCAGGUGGUGUAGCAGAAAAACAUCAACAAGAACGUUGCUUGAAACUUCUAGAAUCCAACCCUCAAAUUACUUCGGCCAAAGACUAUCUUACCCUUUCCAAAGCAUAUUUAGAGAUGGCAAUAGAGAAGGCUACAAAAGGUAAAGAAUACCUCAAAAGUUUAAUCAAUAAGUAUCCUUCUUCUCAAGCCCUAAAUACUUGUGCAACAAAAAACUAUGAUGAUUUGAUCUAUGGGUUUCAACUCGCGACAUCUGUGGUGGCUGGAGAUCCGGAUGGUGCACAUGACGAUGUGAGCAACGGUUCGGAAGGACCUCGCACUUGUGAUCAAAGCUUGGCUAAUGAAAAUAUUGUUCAUGAUCCUUCAGUUUCUGCACUGAAUGAUGAUAUGGUGUUUCUUUGUUAUAUUGGAGGUGAAGCCAUAGACGCUAUAUCACAUUAA